AUGGUCCAGCUCGCUGGAAGAGUCCAUCUCCAAAAUCUGAUGAGAGUUCAUCAUUUCAAGGCCCGAAUCCAACAAGAGAGAAGAGUCCAUCUGUUCAUGGGCCCAACCUUGACAGAGGGAAGACUCCAUCAGAUCAUAGGGCUGCUUCAUACCGAGGGAAGACUCCAACAGUGCAUAGGGCUGCUCCAUCCCGAGGUUUCCCCAUUGCGAGGGAAGACUCCAUCAGUUCAAAAGGCUGCUCCAGCCCGAGAGAAGACUCCAUCAGUCCAAAAGGCUUUGUCAGCUCGAGGGAAGACUCCAUCAAUUCAUAAGGCUGCUCCAGCUCGAGGGAAGACUCCAUCCCGUGAGAAGACUCCGUUGCUUCCUAAGGCUUCUUCAUCUCGAGGGAAGACUCCAUCAGUUGACGAGCCUGCUCCAGCUCGAGGGAAGACUCCAUCAAUUCAUAAGGCUGCUCCAGCUGGAGGGAAGACUCCAUCCCGUGAGAAGACUCUGUUGCUUCCUAAGGCUUCUUCAUCUCGAGGGAAAACUGCAUCAGUUGACGAGCCUGCUCCAUCCCGUGAGAAGACUCCAUUGCUUCCAAAGGUUUCCCCAUUGCGAGGGAAGACUCCAUCAGUUCAAAAGGCUGUUCCAGCUCGAGGGAAGACUUCAUCAGUUCAUAAGGCUGCUCCAUCCCGUGAGAAGACUCCAUUGCUUCCUAAAGCUUCUCCAUCUCGAGGGAAGACUCCAUCAGUUCAAAAGGCUGAUCCAUCUGUAGGGAAAACUCCAUCAGUUCAUGAGACUGCUCCAUUCCGAGGGAAGACUCCAUUGCUUCCUAAGGUUGCUCCACUGCGAGGAAAGACUCCAUCAGUUCACGAGCCUGCUCCAUUCCGAGGGAAGACUCCAUUGCUUCCUAAGGUUGCUCCACUGCGAGGAAAGACUCCAUCAGUUCACGUGCCUGCUCCAUUCCGAGGGAAGACUCCAUUGCUUCCUAAGGUUGCUCCACUGCGAGGAAUGACUCCAUCAGUUCACGAGCCUGCUCCAUUCCGAGGGAAGACUCCAUUGCUUCCUAAGGUUGCUCCACUGCGAGGAAAGACUCCAUCAGUUCAUGAGACUGCUCCAUCUCGAGAGAAGUUGUCAUUGGUUCCUAAGGCGUCUCUAUCCCGAGGGAAGACUCCGUUGGGACAUGCAGUUGCUCCAGCCCGAGGGAAGACUCGAUUAGUUCCCGAGCCUGUUCCAGCCCGAGAGAAGAGUCCAUCAGCUCAUAAGGCUGCUCCAUCCCGAGUUAAGACUCCAUCAGGUCAUGCACUUACUCCAGCCCGAGGGAAGACCCGAUUAGUUCCCGAGCCUGUUCCAGCCCGAGAGAAGACUCCGUCGGUCCCCAAGCCUGCUCCAGCCCGAAGGAAGAUUCCAUCAGUUCACGUGCCUGCUGCACCAGUUGACGAAAAGCCAGGCCCAGGGAAGACCUUCGCCGUCAAGACACCCCGGAAACGUGAUGACAUUCUGGAACCAAAUUUCGUUGGCGAAUUCAUCAGUGGGUAUCAGUUCGAGUCACUGAUCAGCUCUGGUGGGGCGGCUGUAGUAUACAGGGUAAGGAAGGAUGGAAAGUUCUACGCGGCAAAGGUUUCUAGACAUAAAUGCCACCGUGAUGGCUUCAUAAGACGUACCUGGGAGAAUGAAUUCAACGUUUUAGGAUCAGUGAACCACGAGAACAUCAUAAAAGCCUACGAACUGUUCAGACACGCAGGUAGGAUGAUUAUGAUCAUGGAGCUGGUCAAAGGAUAUGACAUGGAUCAUUUCAUUCAAAGUCAUUCUCUCAAAUGGAGAAAGAAGUACCUCAAAUCCAUUGCGAAACAGCUUUUUUCAGCCCUCAGAUAUCUUCACAGUCAAAAUAUCGCUCACAGGGACAUCAAACCGGAUAACAUCCUCAUAGGCCCAAAGUAUAUGAUAAAGCUCAUUGACUUCGGUGGGGCGCUUAAUCUGACGGAAGAGAAAACACCCGAACAUAGACUUCCUACCUUCUACACGCCCGUCUACGCUCCACCAGAGGUACAUAUGGAAGAUAUGCGUGCUACAAAGGACACAUGGGCAAGAUCAUUUGAUGUAUGGAGUGCCGGUGUGACCAUCUACGAAACCCUUACAAGGAGUUUUCCAUUUCCUAUCAGGCACGAUCUCAUAACCGACAUGUCCUUCUUCUACAAGGGCCCGGACAUUGCAACCUUGAGAAACAUUGACAGCAAUGUCGUGAACCUUGUGAAACGAUGCUUAGAUCUGAAUCCUUCAGGUCGUAUCACAGCGAGACGCGCCCUAGAUUCAAAGUAUUUCUGGGGCGUCUUUUGA